AUGACGACUCUUCUUCUUCCUCUUCGCUGCUGCGCCUCUCGUGCUUUGUCGUCAUCAUCAUCAUCCUCUCGAGCGCUGCUGCGCUCGAUUAAUGCAGCAGGCAAUGGCUCUAGCUUUGUGAUCCCCCGUGCCCGUGCCCGUGCUGCGCUGUGCGGCGGCCGGCAGCGGCGGAGCUAUAUGGUUCUGCGCACCGUGCUGAACCCGAGGUCGCCCGAUCUCCAACCCCCCACCGACCUCCCCUCCCCUCCAAAAACAAUAAUCCUCCUCACGACGCCCAAAUCUGCCACCCACAUCACUCCCGAUGCCCUCCAACCCUGGACCAACGACGGCACCGUCUCCCUCCUCGCCGCCGCCGUCGAGUCCCUCCCCGGCGCCCCCGCCGGCACCCGCGCCGACACCGGCCACAGCUGGCUCAUCACCGACCACGACCUCUCCAUCAAGCUCCCGCCCGUCAAGGAGCUCACGCGCUCACUAACAUUCAUCCUCCCCUCGCACUCGACAAAGCUCACCCUCCCGCUCGCAAACACGCUCUUCCACAACGGCGCCGCAUCAACGCUCCUCCACCUCCCGCCCGCCGUAAAGGAGAUCCCCGUCCAGAUCGAGGCCGCAACAGGCCUCUCCCCCAACGACGCGCUCGAGUUUGCAGACGCACAGCAGGACAUCAAGGAGGCGUGGGACGAGAUGGGCGAGCUCAUGAAGCUCAUUGGACAGCGCGCCGGUGUCGUGCCAGUAAAGGAGCACGAGAUCGGAACGGUGGAGAUCACGCUGCCGGCGGGCUGCGUGGCGGACACACCGCUCAGGACCUCCCUCCCGCUGAGGGCGCUCACGCCGCCGCGCCGCAUCGCCGCGGGGCUCGGAAACAUCCUGAAGCAGCUUGACGGCGGCGACGGCGGCGCGGCCGUCGGCGCGAGUCGCGAGCUCGAGAAGGCCGUGACGGGGUAUGUCGGCGCGCAGGAACCCAACGCGGGCGGGGUAUCGGUGUUUGCGCGGCUGACCCCGCGGGACCCUGCCGAGGAGGGGGAGGGCGGGUGUGAGUUUUUGGCGCCGGGCGUGCGCGUGCAUAGGGUAUUGUCGGGCGGCGGGGGGUGGGGGUCGAAGGCGGGGCUGCUGUCGCUGGACCCGCAGGGCGAGGCGGACGUGGGCGGGUUUGCGGAGGGGUUUGAGAAUAGCGUGUUUAAUGCUGUGGGGCAGCCGGGGGCGGAGGGGGAGGGGAAGAAGAGGCCGACGGGGAUUGUGACGGUUGGGGAGUGGGUUCAGUUUUUCGCGGCGGAGGUGCCGAAGGGCGGGGAGGAGGGUGGGAGGGGGGUGAGGCUGGGGAGUGUGCCGAAGGUGGAGGAGGUGAUGGUGGGCGGGGAGGAGGGGAAGGGGGUAUGGGUGGGGGGGAAGAUGCUGGAUGUGCCUUUUGCGGAGGUGCAGGUCGGGGUUAAGGAGGAGUAG